AUGAUCAAAAAUGUCAUUCAAAGUUCUUCUUCAUCGGAAUUGAUCGAAAUCAUGACUACCAACAAUUGUCAAAAUGACCUAUUCAACCAUUCCAACAAACAUAAUGACCACUCUCUGCUCAUGAACGGAUUCAUACAUAAAAUGAGAGAACGAACGAAAAUAUUUCCAAAUAUUUACGAUUAUGAGGUGAAAGUGAUUAUACUUGGUGAGAGACGUGUAGGAAAAUCAAGGUUCAUGUAUCGAUUGCAACAUGACAAAUUUCUGGCAAGUGACGCCAAAAACGAUGACUUUGGUUUCGGUUUGUGCUCAAAAAUAGUUAUCAAUCAAAGAAGACAAUAUGUCAAAGGAGUUAUAUGGAGCUGUAGUUUUGAAUCAUCUGCCUAUUUCAAGAAUGCGGAUGGUGUGAUUCUCAUGUUUGAUUUAACUAGGAAAAGUAGUUUUGACGAUUUAUAUAAAAGCGUCCACAAGAUGAAAGAAUUCUGCAUUCCCAAUGUGAAAUGUAUUUUACUAUAUGUCAGGAAAUCCAAAAUGUGA